UUUAUUAUAGCUGAAGCAGCAGCCGGGCUGCUAAAGAUCUGCCUCCCAAGAAACAAGUGCCCCCCACCCCACCCCAAAUCAGGGCUGCUCCAGUGCUCUUUCCUUGGGACUGGGGUGGUGGUGGGGAGGAGAGAAGAUGGAAGAAAAGAAGCUACUUCUGGGGAAAGGAUUUCCCCCCCCCCCAAUUGCUGUACAAUUGCUCUGGUUUGGGGGGUGGGGUCUGAUUGUGGAUACUGUUUUCUCAGAGAUCCUGGUGUUUAGAUAAGCCUCCUCGCCUUCCAUGAAGACUUGUUUCCAGAAGCUAUUACAUCAGAUAAGUAAAUGUACAGCGGAGGAGGAAUGCAUGCAUCUGUCUCCCUCUUCCAUCUUCAGUAAAGGUUUUGUGUUGCACAGUUUUAUCGGGUCUUUCUCUUUGGUGACUGAAGGGUGGUUGCCUGUUGUUUUUAAUCCCCUCCAGCGAUAUACUAUACCAGGCAGCAUUUUGCCAUUUUCCCUUCUGACUGAUGCCUGCUGAAUACUCCAUCUCUCAAACAGGCAUUUACUGCCAUUUCUGCUGAUUCUAGAUAAGCGCAGAGCCAUUCACCAUUGAGGUUUUUAAAUCUAACAAUCUGCAGAAGGGGCUCCUUGUGUGUCUCUUAAAGAAAGCAUAAGGCCAGAAGAGAAAAGUGACAGGGUUUAUCUUGUGUGUAUCUUACAGAUUGGAACAAAAAAGGAGGAAGUUUUGCAUUUGCUUUCUUUGUAUCCAUUGUUCAUUUUCUAACACCUCCCCAAGCUGCGGAAUGCCUUAGCCUCUGAACAACCCAAUGUAGUGGGUUAAUACACACAAUGAUUUGUUCCAAGCCAUUCAAUGGGGUUAAAGGCAGUUUUGUGAAGAAAAAUCCCCAUAACCUAUGCCUGUUGCCUUUUCCCUUUGAAAUUUCUUUUGGAUUUUCAGGUGACUAAUGGAAGAUUUUAGAAGUAAUAUUUGCUCCACUGGUACAGUAUCGGUAUCAACAGCAGAACUUCUUGUCAUCCGGCUCUCUGGCGGCAAUCUCUCCAGCCGUGGACCUCUUCUGCUGCUCCCUCUUGCCCUAUGAACGCACCACAUUCUUUUCGCCUCACCUCAAUGCGCUCAUCUUCCCCGAAGUCUACUUUCCUUCACUCCAAGAUCCCAGGAACAAGAGAGGGAAGAAAAGAAGAGGCGGCUGGAGGAUUGCGCCUCUGCCAUUUGGGGCUGUCGUGUCGGAAAGGGAAACUCUCGCCCAUUCAGGGUGAGAGCAGGAGGAGGAGGUUAUAGACAGGAUUUCUUUUUUCUUGGCCGGAUGAAAAUGUUGAAUCCUGCAAACGGGGAGCAGCUUCAUUUGGCGAACUACGUGGAGGAUUACCUGGACUCCAUCGAAUCUCUACCCUUCGAUCUGCAGAGAAAUGUCUCCCUGAUGAGGGAGAUCGACGCCAAGUAUCAAGAUAUUUUAAAGGAACUGGAUGAUUAUUAUGAAAAAUUUAAACGAGAGACUGAUGCAGCGCAGAAGAGGAGGUUGCUGCACUGCAUACAAAGAGCAUUGAUCCGGAGCCAGGAACUAGGAGAUGAGAAAAUCCAGAUCGUCAGUCAGAUGGUAGAACUUGUUGAGAAUAGAACUAGGCAAGUUGACAGUCAUGUAGAACUGUUUGAAACCUGCCAAGAGAUUAAUGACACAACUGGGAACAGUGGCAAAACAAACCAAGACAAGUCAAAGAAUGAGACAAUCGCUCAGGCAGAGAAACCCAACAACAAGCGGUCUAGACGGCAAAGAAAUAAUGAAAAUCGAGAGAAUGCUUCUAAUAACCACGAUCACGAUGAUAUCACUUCAGGAACUCCAAAAGAGAAGAAGGCAAAAACUUCCAAGAAGAAGAAGAGAUCCAAGGCCAAAGCAGAGAGAGAGGCAUCCCCCGCAGACCUCCCUAUUGACCCCAACGAGCCAACAUACUGUCUCUGCAAUCAGGUCUCCUAUGGAGAAAUGAUUGGCUGUGAUAAUGAUGAAUGCCCAAUUGAAUGGUUUCACUUCUCAUGUGUGGGACUUAAUCAUAAACCAAAGGGCAAGUGGUACUGCCCCAAAUGUAGAGGAGAAAACGAGAAAACGAUGGACAAGGCACUAGAGAAGUCUAAAAAAGAAAGGGCCUACAACAGGUAGUUUCUAAAUCCAAGGAAAAUAAAGCUGUGGAAGGAUUUAUUUAUUCUCUGUGUCAUCUUUUGUUGAAGUGCAAGGACUGUGACAUGUAUAUUUCUUAAAGGAGGCCAUAAAUCAAACCAUUCUUGUAACAGGGAGGGUAAUAUAAGAAAUUUUUGGGUUCCCCCCCCCCCCCCUUGAUUCAGUUGUUAUCAGGAAGACAGUCUGUGAGUCAAAACAUAUAAUAAAGUAAUAAAAAUUAACAUUGUAAUGUCCAGGUUUAUCUUAUGGGGAAAAGUAUGAUUUCACAAGUUGGUAAAACUCGACCCAUCAAUAUGUAGAUAAUAAACAUGUCUUGGAUAGCAUUCUGUUUUUCCUCAGAGAGGAAUGCUGUUUAUCUUUCCAGGAAACUAUUCAAAAUUCAGUUUGAAUAAAACAGUAUAUUUCAAACAGAUCCUAAAUGCACUGGCUACAAUCUUAACACAAAAUGAAACACUCUUAGAGCCCCACUGGGGAAGGAGAGCUGAAUUCAGCCGUGGGAGUGGCAUGGGGUAGUGCUGGUGGAUUUACCCUCCCCCGGGCACUUUCCUGGCAGAGGGGCAAAAUCACUGGCAUGCAGCCACCGUGGACCUCCUGGCACUCCUGCCACCACCGGCAUAACGGGCAAGCUGGGGGCAUGGCCAGGGUCCCUGCCGGCUAUUUAGCAUGUUAUUCUGGCAGCUGGGCAUUCAGACUUAUGCCACCCUUUUGAGUGGCAUAAGUCUGUCAAACCCAAUGGAGGCUUCUAGGUGGCAGGGAGGUUUUUACGCUUGCAAAGCCUCCCCACGCUGCUGGGAAGGCCCUUUGCGAGCAGCAGCGCAACUGCAGUGCUGUGGCGCCUCAGCUGGCUGCCUGGAGUCGUGAAUAGGGCUGCCUAACUAAUUAGAUUUCAGUGAAAUUAAGCACACACAUUUAGCUCUGGGUUGGUUUGUGACUAUUGCCUUGGAAGUAAGUCCCUGUUAUUUCAAUCAUAGUUUCUUCCAAGAAAGUAUUUUGGGAUUACUGACCUGCAUCCAAUUUUCAACAUCGUACUUAGAACUCCAGCCUGUUGGUUUCAAUGGGGCUUGUUUCUAAGGAAUUUGUUUGGGACCAGGGUGCUAAGUUUUGUCUGGUCAUGAUCAAUGCAAUAGCAAAAAAAAAGUUACAGUAUAGCACCCAUACAACCUGCCAGUCUAGCAGCUCAAUAUCAAAUGUUUAACUGCAGCUACAUGCUUAUUUUUAAAGAUGCAAAUGGUUAAAUUUUACACAGCAUAUUUUAUAUACUGGCCACGUACCAUGACGGCCUUUUAAAAAACGGUUUAGUAUAUUUUGUAUUUACCCAGGAAGUGGUUUAGUAAUGAACCUUAUCAUAAAUCAACCUUUAUACUGUCCUCAGAUAAUAGUUAGCAGUCUUUACUUUGUAUAAGUUGUAAAAAAAUGUACAUUUUCAAGUGGAGUUGCACUUAACUUGUAUUAUAAUUGGAAAUGCAUCCACAUGCCAUGGUGUAGGCCAGUGUGCAUUUCUUUCUGUAUGUAUGAAAAUUGUACAGCUGCAAUAUUAAGGAAUAAAUUAAAGAAGUUGGAUAACUUU